AUGGCCGAUCCCGCCGCCAGCGCUCCUCCCCCUCGACAUCGCUACCCCGUGCUGGUUGCUUGGCAAGCCAGGAUGCCCAUCACGCAGGCCGGGAGAGCUUUGCAGGAUUGUGCGCCCAUGUCGACGCGCAUCUCCUCGGAGUCCUUCCCGGUAGACCUCCACCGGACUGGCUACGGACGCACAACUUGGUCUCCUGCCGCAUCUGCAGCAAACUGGUUAGUCGGCGCUGCCACGGCGGCCUUCACCGCACCUGCGCUGCCUCUGCUUUCGCUGCAAGACCACCCCCGCAGCUCCCCGAAGCAAGCUCGGAUGCUGAUGUCACCGCGGAAACCUUGGGUGACGGAUUGCUACCUCUGGCCGAACGAGAGAUCCUGGACGACUGCGACGGGCCUUGUCGCGACACACCGGAACGGCGGAGGUGUCGACUGGCAUGGACGCUGCCUGGCAGCUCUCCCUGGCGGACGUAAAAAGCUGCAGCGCAACAGGAGCAUCAUCGCCAAUCGGCUGGGGCGUUGGGGACUUGGCGAGCGGCGCUCGCUCUGGAUUGAGGCCUCGCGCAAUGCGAGCCUCGAUGAUGACGCUGCGGUUGACCUUGUCCGCAGACGGGUUGCGGUCGGCCUGGCCCGCCUGGGUCUGCCCGGCAAGGCCGUGCAGCGGCUCACAGGCGCUCGCAUUGCCCAGCCCACACCUGAGGUCGAGGAUGCCAUGCGAGCCAAGUUCCCUCCACCACCUUUUCGCCAGAUCGCUUCAAGCCGGCCUCCUGCCCCACCGUGCUGGGAGCUGUCCGAAGAUGAUGUCCUUCGUGCUGCACGGUCCUUCCCCAAGGGCUCAGCCCCAGGUCCCAGCGGUCUUCGCGGCGACUUCCUCCUCCAGGUGUUUGGCGAGGAUGGCGCUGAUCACAAAUCCGGUGUCAGCCUCUUAGCCGCUCUGGUGCUACGCCUGGCAAACGGCAGGGCACCCCGUGGUAUGCAACCUUAUCUUGGCGGGGCCAAAGGAACAGCGCUCGCCAAAACCAACAAACAGACUGGGAGGGCCGAUGUUCGCCCAAUAUGUACUGGCGAGGUAUUCCUGCGUGCCGCACUGCCCGCGCUGCGGGAACACUUGCAGCCUCACCAGCUCGCCGUCGGCAUCCCUGCGGGCGCGGAGGUCAUGCCUCAUCUUCUACCGCGGUGGCGCGGUCACUUCUGCGGUGACACCGGGAGGGUGUGCCUGGCUUACGACCAGAGUAAUGCGCACAACGUCGUUGAUCGCCAUGCUUUCCUCUCGCGCAUGCAGGAGGUUGCCCCCGGGCUGAGCCGCUGGUUAGAAUACAUUUAUCCCACCAACAAACCUUCGAACGUGUUCUACCGGGACACCAUCAUCCUUUCUGCUGCGGGUGGGCAACAAGGUUGCCCCUUGAUGACGGCCUGCCAUGCCGUUGUACAGCGCAUGCUGCUGGAGUCCCUUGGUCUUGUGGCUCCCCCUGCUGGGACGGCCCUCACACUGCCUCGCCUCGAGCCCCCCGUCCAACUCGACAUUGCACCGUGCCUCGCAGACGACGGCUUCCUCGGAGGGGCUUCAGGGGAAGUUCUGCGGGCACUCAAGCAUCUCCUCGCAGUCAUGCCGCAGGUUGGGCUUCGGUUCUCCAGCUUGCAGCUUGUCGCGGCCGCUGGGCCUCAUCACCGCGUCAAUUUCGACCCAUUCCUCGCCCUCGGCUGCUCGGUCAAUGGCGAUGGCGACAUUGAGGUUCUUAAGUCCCCCAUUGGCACGGACGCUUUCUGCCAAUCCUACUCGCAGGGUCUUGUCGACAAGCAGCUCGGCGUCCUCGACGCCGUCGCUGCUAUUCCUGACGCUCAGGUUGGGUUCUAUCUGUUGAAGUAUUCCUGCAACGCUUCGCGCUUGCACCACCUCUCGUGGACAACCCCUCUUGCCCACUGUGAGGCCGGACUCCUUGCCUUUGACGCUGGCAUGCGCGCUGCCUUCCAACGCCUCGUUGGUUGUAGCCUGGACUCCACGUCGUGGCGCCAGGCCACGCUGCCUCUCCGCUGCGGCGGUUUGGGAUUGCGCCCUGCAGCCGCCGUCGCUGAUGCAGCAUAUCUUGGGUCUCGGGUUGCCACUGCUGCCCGCUGCACUGCACUGUGGCCGUCUGGUCCUGGUGGUGCCGACCUUGAUCGCUGGGUUGCCUCCGCCGUCGCGCGGUGCAACCUGCGUCUCCACGACGCUGGACUGCCCAGCUCCCUGCGACCCGUCAUAACCAACGGCCUGCAGAAGAGUGCGGUGACCAAGCAGCUGGACCAGGCAGCACUUGCCCAGUGGAAGGCCGAUGUCACCCCUGACGAUGUCUGUCGUCUGCAUACCGGAGCGGCCACCGGAGCAAGAACUUUGUGGGAGCUUCCACCACGCUUGACAACCACCUCUCCCAUGCGGAAUUCGCCAUUGCAGU